CCUCAACAAAUUUCCGACAGAACUAGAAGUCCUCCCACUCUCUUCCUCUUGCUCCACUGGCUCGCUCUCACGCCGCUCAGCCGCCGCCCCGCCCACCUCCGCCCGAAUCCUCCAUCUUGCUUACCCCCGCUGGGCUGCCGCCGCCUUGCUCCCAGCGCUGGUGCCGCUUGCGAAGAAGUCGCCGCCGGGAAAGGUUGGAUUUUUUCCGUCCUAGACAUCGCCGCCGCCUUGCUUCUGUCCUGGCGUAAAUGUCCGCGCCCGCCGCCGUCUCUGACUCUCCCUAGUCCCCCGCCCGAACCAAACUCAGAGCCGGAGAGUUGAACGGGAGGAGCCGCCGCAUCAGCUUGUUCGCCAUGUCGUCCAGGGGGAUCGCGCGCGGCCGCCUCGCCGAGGAGCGAAGGGCCCGACGGAAGAACCACCACCACGGCUUCGUCGCCAAGCCGGAGACGGUGACCGACGGCACGGUGAACCUCAUCCGGAAAGCAAGCGUCCCGCGCCUCGCCGAUCGAUUGGUUGAUUUAUUGAUAGUCUCGAAUCCCCGGGAACACCCACCUACUGCUCCGCUCGCUUGAUUUUGAUGCAGUUUGCUUUCGAUCCUGGUUAAGCUGCUUUGGUGUGGACCUUGUGAAGCUGCUCAAAAGGUUAUGAUUGUCCAUCUAAUGGGACCGUAGGCGAAUGGGGAAACUUGCAAUCUUGGCUGCUGUGGAACGGCUACCACGAGUACGACAGCAAGGCUCCCCGGACCUGGUUCAUGAAUCAAUGGAAUUAUCGGGGCAGAUGACUGAACAACAACUCAAUGGCUCAAGUAAUAUCUGUUGUGAUGGAACGAAGGUUUCCUCAAGUAGUGAUAAAUGCCAACAAAGGCCAACUCUUCCAAGCAAGCCACAGCCAGCAGCUAACACUCAGAGAACCAAUGCUUCCAGCAAAACAGCAGCAGGCAACAAGAAACCUCUAAAAAGAUCUAUCUGCCAUGAAGUUCGCCAAGGAGUACCAGAAGCAUAUGACCGGCAUGGAGGAAGAUCUGCAAGCUCUGGGGCUGGAGCGCCUCAAAGAAAUGAUCAAGAAAUACCUGCUCCCCACAGGGCCUCGGCGACGAGAGAGACGUCGCCGUCCCAGGAGGUGUUGGCACAAGGAGCAGUCAAGAACUUGGUUGAACAUUUUCCCCUUAUUUUGGACAAUCAAAUCGGGAAUGAACUCAACCUAAGUGGAUCUUGGCAUUGGAUUCACAUUUCAUUUUGCGUGUUUAGCUCGUAAAUUAACCUAUGUUUG